AUGAAUCCCAAAACAAGGGUCAACUGUGGAUUUCCUGGAAUCACUCCCCGGCAAUGCAGAAAUGCCGGGUGCUGCUUCAGUUCAGAAGUCCCAGGAGUCCCCUGGUGUUUUUUUCCAGCUCACCCCACGUAUAAAAAGGUGUGUCCUGCUAAUGUGAGAGCCAGAAAGAACUGUGGGUACCCAGGAAUCUCUGCUAAAACAUGUGAGGCAAGAGGAUGCUGUUUUGAGUCUCACCCUCCCGCUGUUCCUUGGUGUUUCUAUCACGUCCUGGUAGCACAAGAGUGUUAAAAAGAAGUUUUAAAAAGAGACUUUCAAAAGGAACUUCCCAUCAACUGAAACAUUCAAACAAGAAAG